AUGACUAUUACACGGUCCCAAACGGGGAAAACUCCCAGGAAAAUCGACCGCCCCGGUUAUAUCCAGACCCCUGGUGGUCGUCGAGUGACACGCAGCAGUGUAGAAAACAGCGCUGACGAUGUCUCCGAUUCCACCGCCGAAGCCACUGCAAGAUCGAAGUCGUCGACGCAACGACGCACCCGCGGAACACCCAAGGAUGAGACCGAAUCGCCAGAGCCGGAGGUGAAGGAGGAAGAGCCAAAGACACCGGUCAAGGUCAAUGGCCACUCCAACGGCUCUACCGAGAAGAAACACAUCGUCGAUGGCUGGGCUGAGGGAAUGGAUCCUAAAGUCGACUACAGUGGACAUUUCGAGUUUGGUGGUUCCUGGGGAGUGUUGGCGAUGAUGUUGGGAUUCCCGGUGUUGAUGUGGUACAUGUGGAUUGGCGCCAUCUACUACGAGGGCAAGUUCCCUCGUCCGGCUGAGGGACAGAGCAUGUCGGAUUUCUUCUUGCACAUGGUAAACCUGGUGUAUGAGGGCGCGUUCCCGACACUCAGGGCUUGGAGGAUUUACUGGACUUUCUUCAUCUUCGAGGGUGUGUGCUACAUACUCAUGCCUGGUAUCAAGGUUAUGGGUCGUCCUCUUCCCCACGCCGGUGGUAAGCAGCUGGAGUACUACUGCUCCGCUCUUUACUCGUGGUACUUCAACAUUGCGCUGUCGUUGGUCCUCCACUUCACUGGUAUCUUUAAGCUGUACACCGUGAUCGACGAGUUCGGGCCUCUUUUGACCGUGGCCAUUCUGUCUGGCUUCAUUGUGUCGUUCAUUGCGUACUUCUCUGCGUUGAUCCGUGGAGCGCAGCACCGGAUGAGUGGCUAUCCCAUCUACGAUUUCUUCAUGGGUGCGGAACUCAACCCGCGCAUGUUUGACGUCUUGGACUUCAAGAUGUUCUUUGAAGUCCGUCUUCCGUGGUACAUUCUGUUCUUCAUCUCGAUGGGUGCUGCGGCCAGACAGUACGAGAACUACGGCUAUGUUUCUGGAGAGGUUGGAUUCCUCUUGCUGGCGCAUUUCUUGUAUGCCAAUGCCUGCUCCAAGGGUGAGGAGUGCAUUGUGUCGACUUGGGACAUGUACUACGAGAAAUGGGGCUUCAUGCUGAUCUUCUGGAACCUGGCUGGUGUGCCUCUGAGCUAUUGCCACUGCACUAUCUACCUUGCCAACCACGACCCCUCGACCUACCACUGGAACCGCUACUUCCUGGCCUUCCUCUACGCCGCGUACCUGUUCGUGUACUGGGUCUGGGACACGACCAACAGCCAGAAGAACCGUUUCCGCCAGAUGGAGCGUGGCACCAUGGUUUUCCGUAACACCUUCCCCCAGCUGCCGUGGCAGACUGUGCAGAACCCCAAGACCCUUACUGCUGCCGAUGGCUCCAAGAUCAUGGUCGAUGGGUGGUAUGGCAAGGCUCGCAAGAUCCACUACACCUGCGAUCUGUACUUUGCCUUGAACUGGGGUCUUAUUACCGGCUUUGACAGCCCGUUCCCGUGGUUCUACCCUCUGUUCUUUGCGUGCAUGAUCAGCCACCGUGCUCUGCGUGAUAUCCAGCGCUGCCGGAACAAGUACGGUGAGACUUGGGCUGAGUACGAGAGACAGGUUCCCUACCUGUUCAUUCCUCUGAUGCUACUAUAUGCAGGUAUCUAUGUCUUCCACCCAACUAUCCCAGGAUACCCCAAGGCACGCUUCCCAGGUGUAGUGGUGUUCAGUGAGAUUUACCAGGUGACCGGCCCCGUCGCCCGUUUCGCCCGCCAAAUCGCCGGACAAGGCUACAUCUGCGCAGCCCCCUCGAGCUACCACGAAUUCACCGGACCCGAACCCCUCCAAUACAACGCCGAAGACACCGACUCCGGCAACAAAUGGAAAAUCACCAAGAAACUCGCCGCCUACGAUGAGGACGCAUCCCUUUCGGUUGAUUACUUACUGUCGUUGCCGACGUGUAAUGGCCACGUAGGCGCGACGGGGAUGUGCCUGGGGGGUCAUUUGGCUUAUCGGUGUGCGUUGGAUAAGAGGGUGAAGGCGUCGGUUUGCUAUUUUGCGACGGAUGUUCAUAGCCAUACGUUGGCGGAGGGAAAGAAGGAUGAUAGUUUGGAGAGGGCGGGGGAUAUCGAGGGGGAGUUGCUUAUGAUCUUCGGCAAAAACGACACGCAUGUUCCUCCCGAAGGACGCGAUCUCAUUCGGAAGACCUUGCAUGAGAAAGGAGUGUUAUUCGGCUUCUAUGAGGUGGCAUGGGCGCAGCAUGCAUUUAUCCGGGACGAACUCAGCAAAGGACGAUACGACCCGGCAAUCUCCAAGGUGUGCUUUGAGAUGCUGCUGGAGUUGUUUGGACGGACAUUGAAGAUUGAAUUGGGAGAGCAUGAUGGGAAGAAUAUGGAGGUUGAGGAUGUUUGUUAG